AUGAAGUCAACCCAGCUCCUCGCCGCCGCCCUCCUCGGGUUGGCUGAUACGGUCGCUGGUGCGGCUUCUGGCGUUGCCUCUGCUGCAGGUGCCGCCAAGGAAUUGCUAUACGAGUCUGGCCAGAUUCACAUGGAAAUCAUGGCAAAGAAGGAGGCCUACUGGGCUUCCCGUGAGGCCGAGGGCAUCAUGAACUCGAGUCAAUACCCCAGCUACUCGGCCGACGCUUCCAACUUCCGGCUCGCUGAGGCGGCUGCCCCGGUUCCCUGCGUCAACGGCCUAGCCAAAGUCAGGCCCAACGACGCCAAGUACACGUUCAAGUGCAGCAACGUGGACUUUUACGACUUUGUCAGCCAUGCAGACCUUGGUAGCACCAGGGGAGAGGGCGCUUCUUCGUGGGGUUGGACCAGUCCCGAGGGUAGGGAGUUUGUGGCCAUUGCCCAAUCUGAUGGUGCCGCAUUUGCAGAGGUCACCAAGGAGGGCAAGCUCGUGUACCUCGGUCGCCUGCCGCAGUACUCGAGUGUUUCCAUCUGGCGCGAGAUGAAGGGCUACAAGAACUACCUCAUCAUUGGGAGCGAGGCCACCAACCAUGGUGUACAGAUUUUUGACUUCCGCAAGCUCCUGACAGUCGACCCAGCCAAGCCGGUCGUCUUCAGCAACACCCGUGACCUGACGGCCAGGUGGAACGGCCUCCCAACCGGCCGAUCCCACAACGUCGUUGUAAACGAGGAGAAGAACUACGGCGUUGCCGUCGGCGCCAUGCCCCGCACCGACACGUGCCGCUCGGGUCUCAUCUUUUUCGACCUAACCGACCCGGCCAACCCCAAGGACCUGGGCUGUGCUUCCGGAGACGGCUAUGUCCAUGAUGCGCAGUGCAUCGUCUAUCGUGGUCCCGACACAAAGUACAACGGCCGCGAUAUCUGCUACGGCUAUAACGAGGACACCUUGACCAUCUACGACGUCACCGACAAAAAGUCCACCAAGAUCAUCUCCCGCACCACCUACUCCGGUGCGGCCUACACGCACCAGGGCUGGGUGACCAACACUACCUGGCAGGAGUACCUGGUGCUGGACGACGAGUACGACGAGUACGACGGCGUCGGGCCGGGAGCGCAGCGGCGAGCCGUCACCUACUUUUGGGACAUUCGGUCCCUCGAAAGCCCCAAGCAGACGGGCUUCUUCCGCAGCUCCGUCAACGGCGUCGACCACAACCAAUUCGUCGUCGGCAGGUACGCCUUUCAGAGCAACUACGGCAGCGGCCUGCGCGUGCUGGACCUGUCUACCCUCCCGCGUGAUCCCACCGGCGCCGGGGUCAGUGAGGUUGCGUACUUUGAUGUUUAUCCUGAGGAUGACAACCUUAGCGGCGGUGGGCAGGUUGAGUUUCAGGGUACGUGGAGCAGCUAUCCGUUCUUCAAGAGUGGGUUCAUUGUCGUCAACACGAUUGAGCGCGGUGCCUACGUGCUCAAGAUGACCAACAGGGAGGGGUUUUAG